ACCUUCCUUUUCCCCUACUCAUUCUCAUCAACUUCUUAUCAUGAAACUAAAUAAAUGUUCUGACAAAUGAGGCACUUCUUCUAUCAUUUAUAUUACACAACUAUAAUAUAUUCUUAUAUGUAACUGUACUCCUGAGGAUAUACACAUAUAUAAAGACCCUCUCCUACUGUCAUUUAGCCUGCAAAGCCCACAAAACAAAACGUUACACAAGUCUUCCUUCUCUCCUUCUCUCUCUCUCUCUCUCUUUCGCUCCCCGUGCUUUCUCUUUAGAGAAACAGUAUUGGAAGAAGAGAGAAGAUAUAGAGGUGGAGAAGAGGACAAUGGUGAAUGGAGGCGUGAAACUACCAAUUGGAUACAGAUUUCAUCCAACGGACCAGGAGCUUAUCCUUCAUUACUUGCUCCCAAAGUCCUUUGCUUCUCCUUUGCCUUCCUCCAUCAUCCCUGUCUUUGACGUCUUCUUCUCUCAUCCUCUUACUUUCCCAGGUGAUCAAGAGGAGAAGAAGAGGUACUUCUUUUGCAAGAAGAGAAGAGAAGUCUCAAGUAGAACCAAGAUUUCAUCUGGUGAUGGUUAUUGGAAACCUAUUGGGAAAGAGAGAGAAAUCAUUGCUUGUGGUAGAACAGUUGGGAUUAGAAGAACACUUGCUUUCCAUGAAACAAACAAAUCAUCUUGUAAACUCAACAAAACUAGAUGGUGCAUGACAGAGUAUUGCCUUGCUGGAUUUGCAUCAACUAAGCAGGUGUCUGGAGAGUGGGCGGUGUACAAUGUGUAUGAGAGGAAAGCAUCCAAAGGAAGAAGGCAGAGGAAAUCAAGAGGGAGAGAUGAUGAAGAAGACCUGAAUUGCAUAGACUUCACGAUUGAGUCAGAUCAUGAAACCGGUCCUCCACCUCCCUCUUCUCCUACCUCAAGUGAUGAGUCAGGGAGCAUUAUUUAAACGUUGCCUCUUAACCCUAACCUACUCCACUUACGUUUCUUUCAAGCUAUUUAAAAAAGUUUCCACUUCUUAAUUCAUUUGUUAGAGAAACAAGUAAAAGGAGGCUAAGGGGUUGUUUUGAUCCAAAAGUGUUGUGUGAGUGGAGAUUUGUUGAGCAAACCAAAUAUGUGUCAAACUUGUUAACUUUUACUUGAAGUUCUUUUAACAUUAUCAUGGAGUUAAAAGUGAUAUAGCCGUGUAAGACCGAGAAAAGUUCAAUUAAAUGAAAAAUAAACUUUUUUUCUUGGA